CGAGGAGGUCGCGGGUCGCGCGGAAGGUACGUAUGGUACACACCAAAAGAUGCCCGUCCCUGGCCUCUCAUCUCGCUGAAGCCCGGCGUGAGAAAAGGGGCGUUGGGCGGGGUCCUUUGUCGGUCUUGUAUGCGUUACACAGCACGCGCGCCGCGCGGACCUCUCUCCCGGGCAACGCGCUAUGAGCCCCAAUCUCAUUCUCAUGUCAUCUCGACUCGAUUUGGAUGUCAGCUUCACAUCAUAUACAUAUAUACCAUUUUUUUUUUCGCCUUCAUCGUCCGCGCCACUAAAACGCACCAAUAAGUCACCCGCCGAUCGAAAGGUCAUUACGCAAGAAAAGCCAAUAGGGCUACGUCCAGUGCCGAAAGUAUAACUUGUUCGAGAUUCGGAAUGUGCGAAUUUGCCAAAAUUCGAGGCAAUUUUUAAGACGAAAUUUUGUUAUUUUUCGCUGUAGUUCGUCGUCUAUAGUUCGCGAGUUUACUCCGCAUGUGCUUCUUUUUCGUCGUCAAUUUUUAUCACGAAAGUGGCCGACGUAAUUCUUCUGCCGGGAUUUUCGCGCGACCAGCAGGAUUCUUCGUUGCUCAUUCCAAGUGGACGAUUCGGUCAACAACGCCGUCCAUAAUCGCGAAAUUUUUUCGCUACGAUGAGGAUUGCUCUCGGACUUGAAUGGACAAGUCGAAAUUAAACAGAUUAUAACGAGACAUGCGACGGCCAAUCUAUACUAUAAUGGUUGUGUAUUUGUGUUCUCUUCAGUUUUUCGAAGCGGGAAGUCGUAAGAAUUUCAUCUCAACCGAAGCACCAGUCAAAUGGACCAUUUGCAAGACAUUUCCCGGUUUAAAUAAAGCUCAACAAAACGUCUGCCGUACAUACCCGGACGUGACGGCGAUCGCUAUGCAAGGCUUAGAACAAGCGGUCGACGAAUGCCAGUAUCAAUUUAGAUCUCACAGAUGGAACUGCAGUUCCCUACGAACGAAAAACAAAAAUCCACAUAGCAGCGUACUUUUGAAAAAAGGUUUUCGCGAGUCAGCAUUUUCUUACGCUAUUGCAUCAGCCGGUGUAACACACAGUGUAGCAAAAGCAUGCAGUAUGGGCAAACUGAUGGCAUGUGGCUGUGAACCCAAAACACCAUUUUUCCUUCAAAGGAAUGCUCGAAUGACUACAGAACAAAGGCUGAAAAGAUUAAGCCGCACUAGGUGGAAAUGGGGAGGCUGUUCACACAACAUGGAUUUUGGUCUCCAGUUCUCCAAGUCGUUCCUGGAUGACAAUGAAAAAAACUCGGUGGAUAUGCAGUCCUUCAUUAAAUUACAUAACAGUGAAGCUGGCAGAUUGGCAGUCUCAACCCAAAUGCAAGUAAAAUGCAAAUGUCACGGCAUGUCCGGCAGCUGUCAACUGAAAACAUGCUGGAGAUCAGCACCCGAAUUCCGAGUGGUUGGUAACGCUCUCAAAGACCGUUUCCGCGACGCGAUCAAGGUCAAUCAAUCGAACCAAGGUAAUGGUUUGCCUUUAUUCGUCGAACAGAACAACCUAGAAAGAAAUCGACGCUCCAGGGACCAUAAAGGUAAACGAAGACGUAAAAGAAUCAGGAAAAAUGAACGAGACUUAUCGCAGGACCUGUUGUAUUAUCAAGAUUCGCCAACUUUCUGCGACAGGGAUCCCAGAGUCGAUUUCCCAGGCACUACUGGCAGAAUUUGUAAUCGAAAAAGUCGCGGAAUGGAUAACUGCUCGUCUCUGUGCUGUGGCAGAGGAUUCAGCUCUUUGAAUCAGACACGUGUAGAAAAAUGUAAAUGUCGAUUUCAAUGGUGCUGUUAUGUUAUAUGUGAAAAAUGUGUAAAUCAAGAAUGGGUAACCGUGUGCAAUUGAAAUUUCCAUUUUGAAAAUAAUUGUCCUUGAGAGAUAACAAUAUAAGCUCGCAAUUGAUAGAAUUAUACAUUGUAUACCAAAUUUCAUAUAAUACAUACUAAUUGCUCGUGAUUUUUAUCUAUUUUUCGAAGAAAAGAAAUAAACGAAAUAGGUUAUUCGGUGUUCAUUUCAAACCAGCGAUAAAAAAUUGAUACUAUUUUUAAAACUUAUAUUCUCGCAUUAAUCGGUUUUCCAUUCUUAGAGAACAUUAUUGUAAUUCUUUUUUUAGUUCCUGCAGCAUUGUUUUAAAAUUACGACUUUUUCUUUCUUUUUCUUUUCCUUUUUUUAAUAAACGUAUUUUAA